CCCUUUUAAUCCAAAUCCCAAAGUGUCCUAAAGGAUUGACCUCUGAUGUUGUGUGUGUAAUAUCUGCCCUCUCCAUUUUGGCAUCAUGAGAACUGCCGCUCAGCAGAUAUUCCAGACCUGCAACAAGCUUUUCUCCAGAAAAACACCUAAUUCUGUCCUGGAGGCCCAUCCAUCAAACAUAGAAGCAGCAGCACAUCUAGAGAACAUCCAACACAUUUCCAGCCCCUCCAAUCCUCCCAGCGUGGGGGCUUCGAGGCAGCACGUCCACCACGUGGAUGCUGUGAUGGAGCGGGCCCACCACGGUGGUGGAUGGCUUCUGUCUGGCAUCAUCUGCAUGAACAUCCUGAUCCUGGGCUGUUCUUUUGUCGCAGGCAACGCCAUGAGUGGCAUCAUUACGUCAGUGCACCUGCAAAUCUUCCUCAUUGUUCUCAUCCUCCUCACAAUGCUGUGGAUGCUCUAUUACAUCGUCUUCACGUCUCGAAAGGAUCAAGCGGCCGUGUUCCAAGAUAGCCAUGCGGGGCCCGUGUGGCUCAGGGUGGGACUCGUGCUGUUUGGCCUGCUCAGUCUACUCAUGGACUGCUUCAAGAUUGUCACAUACGUGGGUUACCUUCACUGUGACUCGGCUGUUAAAGUUGCCUUCCCUGUCGUGCAAGCUGUAUUUCUGUUUCUGCAGACCUACUUCCUGUGCAGGCAUGCAAAGGACUGUGUGCAGCUACACACAAACUUUACAAGGUGCGGACUUACUCUCACACUUUCAACUAACCUGGUGUUGUGGAUGGCAGCCGUGACGGAGGAAUCAAUUCACCAAACUGAUGUUCCGCAUUUUAAUACUAGUGUCUCCCACAAGAUGUACAGAGCCAGCUAUGGUGAUAAGCAGUGUCAAUGCAGCCACUCUGUGUGCGACACCUUCAAAGAGGCCUUCUACUACCUGUACCCCUUCAACAUCGAGUACAGCCUCUUCGCCUCAGCCAUGGCCUACGUCAUGUGGAAAAACGUGGGCCGACUCGUGGAGGAUCACAGCCACCACAAAAUCAAGUUUCGUCCCAAGGAUGUGUGCGUUGGACCCGUGACGGGAACACUAGUGGUGUUGGCGGGACUGAUCACGUUCAUCAUGUAUGAGAUGUAUAUCCUACAGGAGGACCGGGAGAAGAGGGACGAGGCCUUACUGAUUCAUUUCAUCUCAAAUAUAGUGAUAGUGAGCCUGAUGUCCAUCUAUGCUGUGGUUGGCUGCAUCGUCUACAGGCUGGACUGCAGGGAGCACGUAUCCGAGAAAAACCCCACUCGUACUUUGGACAUGGGGCUGCUGGUGGGAGCCUCAAUGGGACAGUUCAUUAUCAGCUACUUCACUAUCGUGGCAGUGGUGGCAACAGGAGCCAGUGGUUACCUGAACGCCCUCAACCUGGCCUGGGCUGUGCUGAUCGUGCUUCAGCUCGGCCUUCAGAACUACUUCAUCAUCGAGGGCUUGCAUCGGGAGCCCUUCCACGUGAUGCAGGAAGCGGCUCUGCACACGAACGCUCAUGCCUUACAAGAACAAGUCGAGAUGAGCGUUGUGAUGGAGACCAGUAAGACCAACUACUUCCUGAAUGGUGUUGAUGAGCUGAGCUGGAAGAGAAAAAUCCUGAAGGAAGUGUGUGCCUUUCUGCUGCUUUCGAACAUCAUUCUGUGGAUCAUGCCUGCAUUUGGUGCUCGUCCCCAGUUUGAUCAUCCCAUGGAGAUAAAAUUCUACAAAUUCACAAUGUGGGCAGCUAUUGUGAAUGUUGGACUACCUUUUGGAAUCUUCUACCGCAUGCAUUCAGUUGCUAGUCUCUUUGAGGUCUACUUAACCUCUUAGUUGAACUUGUCUCGACUUUGAAUUUUGGUAGUAAAUUUAUGAUUUAAUUUAAC